GAAAUGACCAGAGAAGACUUCGAACAUGAAAAGUCCUCCUCCACCAUAUAAUUCUAAACCUCGAUCUGUGGAAAUCACAACACUUCCUCUUUAACAUUGUAUUAUCAUAUUGCUCACUAAGCUUUUUUUUUCUUUCUUCAAAGCCCAAUUUCUGUUUUCAUAAGAAAAACAUGGCUGAGGCUUUGCUCAUCCCUGCAGCCGAUGCUGUCCUGGGUAGCUUGCUUCCCCUCGCAACCAAUCAGAUUAACCUGGCAUGGGGUUUCAAGGAAGACCUCGAAAAACUCCGCAAAAGGUUAGAAAUCAUUCAGGCCUUGUUAUAUGAUGCUGAGAAGAAGAAAAUAACCUCACAAACUAUGAUGGCGUGGCUAAAGAAACUCAAGACUGCAAUCUGCGAUGCUGAGAAUGUGCUAGAUGAAUUGGCCUAUGAAGAUCUUCGAGAAAAGAUUGAGGUACAAAACCAGAUGAGGAACAAGCACGUGAAAGACAAGGAAGAAGCAGAGAAGGCUCAAAUAUUUGGAAAAUCACACAUUCAAGAGUUGCAAUAUCACUGGGACGAAAACCUCGAAGAGUCCGACAAUAACCAUGGGGAUGUGUUGGAAGGACUUAAACCUCACCAAAAUGUUAAGGGACUAAUUAUUCAAAAUUUUGGAGGAAGACGAUGGGUGUCGUGGAUGAGUAGCGAUGCCUACUCGCUUAAAAAACUGGUGAAGAUUGAGCUAAGAGAUUGUAUGUUGUGUGAGCAAGUUCCAGCGCUCGGACACCUUCUGCAUCUUGCGAUUUUAAAAAUGAGUGGCUUGAAUAACUUGAAGCGUAUUGGUCCCGAAUUUUAUGGACAGGACAAAUGGAUUAUCGACAAUUGCUGUAGUAGUGGGGAAGCAGCUGCAGGAGUAUUUCUAACAUUGAGGGAAUUACAACUUGUUGAUAUGCCUCAGCUAGAAGAAUGGUCAGACGUAUCGUCAUUGCUCGCUUUUGCCACGAGUAUGAUAGACUCCUUCCCUCGUCUCAAGAAAUUAGAAAUCAGCAAUUGUCCCAAGUUGAUAACCAUUCCAGCAGCGUUCAAGGGCUCGACGUCCCUUCAACAACUUUCAAUUGUAAAGUGCGAUGAGUUGAUGUGUUUGCAAGGAGGGCUGCUCCAACCAACCCUUGAAGAGAUAGAAAUAUGGCGGUGUCGAAAGUUAAAAACGCUCAAUGCAAUUGACGAAACAGAAGCAACAUUCAACGGCUCGACGUACCUUCAACGACUUUCGAUUGACGAUUGCCCGGAGUUGAUGUGUUUACCGAAAGAGCUACUACAACCAACCCUUGUAAAAUUACUCCUAUGUGAUUGUCCAAAGUUAAAGACAUCCAAUCCAGAUGCAUUACGCUGCCUCACAUCCCUCAAGAAGUUGCUUAUUAAAUCCUGUCCAAAUUGGGGGAGUUAUUGGGAGGAGGGGCUGUUUUGCACCACCAGCCUUCAAUCAUUGACUAUAGGUAUAUUCGGAGAGGAAGGAGUACAGAUAUUUCCCGUGGCCCUCCACAAGUGCUGCAUCACCACCAUCGAGCCAUCUCACCUCCCUGGAGUCUCUAUAUUUAUUUGGAUGGCCAGAGAUCAAGUCCCUGCCUGAUCAACUUAAGCACCUCCCUGCCUUGAGAAAUUUGUAUAUAGUGAA